AUGUCGCGGCUGCUGAACGCGGUGGAGAGCGAACUGCAAGCCGGCCGGGAAAAGGGUGACCCAACAGAGAGGGGGCUACGAGUGACCCUGGAGGACGCUGAGCUGUGGAGCAAGUUCCAGCACAUCACCAAUGAGAUGAUUGUCACCAAGAAUGGGCGACGCAUGUUUCCCGUCCUGAAGGUCAGCGUGUCAGGUCUCGACCCGAGUUCCAUGUAUUCCUUUCUGCUCGAUUUCAUGCCCGCCGAUGGCUGCCGUUGGAAGUUUGUCAACGGCGAGUGGGUGGCGGCAGGCCGAACAGAGGUCCGCAAUGAGGGGCGCGGCCAUGGUGGCAUCUACAUUCACCCGGACUCGCCCAACUUUGGAGCUCACUGGAUGAAAGCGGCCGUGACUUUUAACAGGGUCAAACUGACGAACAAAGUCAACGGCGAAGGACAGAUCAUGUUAAACUCGCUUCAUAAGUACCAGCCUCAUCUGCACAUUGUGUGCGUGGGCUCUCAACAUCGUCUGGUUUCCAACGUUUCCUUUAAAGAGACUCAGUUUAUCGCCGUCACUGCCUACCAGAAUGACGAGAUCACAGCUCUGAAGAUCAAAUAUAACCCUUUCGCCAAAGCCUUCCUGGACGCCAAAGACAGGAACCCAGGUGGACCGGGUUUAGCUGAGCCAACAGAGGGUCGUGUUGGGGUUCCACCAUCAUGGAUACAGGCACCAUGGUUAUGCUGGACGACAAUCUCCCUAUCCCUCUCCUUACCUGCCGCACCGCUCACACCAAUCAGGUGUUCAGAUGUUAUCAGAGGGGUGGAGCUCCUCGUCCUCAUCCUCCUCCUCAUAUCCCCUCACCAACAACACCCCUUCAUCACAGCCUCCUCCUCCUCACAGCCCCAGCCAGUAUCCCUGCCUAUGGACGCUUGGCUGCAGUGAGAUAAGCCCCUCCCAUUCGCC